GAUUUCUCGAAACAAACUUAAGUCUGUUUUCUGACUUAAGUUUGAGUUUUUACUCAAAUUUGAGAAAACUCAGCAAAAUGCAUUUCUCAAACAAAACUGAGUUUGUUUUUCGACUCAACUUGAGUUAAAAACUCAAAAUAUUUGAGUCUGCUAGGUAGGUAACUUAAGUCAUUAUUUGAGAUGAAAAUGGCGUAUAGGAGAAGGCAACAACGCCGUCGGAGAAACAAGUCUAGAGUGGCGAGAGGGUUAAUCGACCGUAGCAACCCUCUUGAAACCAUGUCUGAGGAAUCGGUGUUUGCCCGAUAUCGUUUCCGACCUGAAACGAUCCUGUUCAUAGUGUCCCUGGUAGCUGGCCAGCUGAGGAGAGAGACCGCUAGGAGCUGCCCCCUGCCUCCUCUCACGCAGGUGCUCGUCUCUCUCCGGUUUCUGGCGACCGGUGGGUUUUGUUCCCUGAUUGCCGAUACGUACCGCAGCAUUUCCGCAUCGUCUGUGUAUCGGUCAAUCAGGGACUUCUGCGGAGCUUUGGUUCCCCUGGCACAGCGCUACAUUAAGAUGCCCGUGGACACGGACUCAUGCAAGUCCAUGUUUUACAAGAUUGCAGGGUUUCCAAACGUAUUGGGUUGUGUUGACGGCACGUUCAUAAGGAUCAUUGCCCCAAAUAAAGCUGAAGGUGACUAUGUGAACAGAAAGGGAUUUCAUUCACUCAAUGUUCAGAUGAUCUGUGAUGCACAGUUUAGAGUUACCAACUGUGUGGCUAAAUGGCCUGGAAGUGUGCAUGACAGUAGAAUGUUCCGGGACAGUCAAAUCAGUGUGGCAUUCGAAAAUGGUACUUACAAGGGUUUACUUCUGGGAGACUCUGGCUACCCAUGCAAGUCCUACCUAAUGACACCGUAUCUAUCUCCAGCAAACAGGGCUCAAGAAAAAUUCAACAGAAGUCAAACGAAAACCAGAGUUCUUAUUGAGCAAACAUUCGGAAUCCUUAAGCGCAGAUUUUCUUGUCUGCACAGUGGUUUGCGCAUGUCACCCAAGAGUGCAUGUAACGUAAUUGUUACAAGUGUAAUAUUACAUAAUAUCGGCAUUGACCGCCAAGAUGUAAUUAAUGUUGAUUACGAUGAUUGUAAUGAUGAUAAAUUCACUCUCCAAGUUGCUGAUGAUCUGAGUGGAACAAAUGUUAGAAAUUAUCUUUGUCAGUCAUACUUCACCUGAAUAUUGUACAAAUUAUCUUCAAAUGAUGAUUUCUUAUAUAACAUAAUGAACAAACAAAUUUUCAUUGUGUGAAAUAUUCCAUGUACAAAUAUGCUAGUUGGAUUCUAUGUAAUCACAAAUCACUGCUCAUUUUGACAUUUCAGCUUCAUUAU